AAAACAACAUCAACGAAAACGUAUGACAUUAUCGUGCUGCGAUAAGAUUGCAUUGAAAAAGUUUAUUGAAAAUAUUUCACGAGAAUGCGUACCGUCAGUAGCUGAUGGAACAAUUACAGCAAUAGACGCUAGUUGUGAUCAUGGCAAACCAGAAGUUUGGCGAACAAUCGGGUAAGGCGCCGCAGGUUGAGCGGAAUGAAGACAGCCCCGACAUUUCGGCAAAGGAUAUAAUCCAAGGUAUCAAGGGACUCAACUUAAACAGCUAUGCUACGCGUAAAUCGAUUGCACAGGGCAUGCUCGAUCUUGCAUUGCUGACUGCCAAUGCAUCACAGCUGAAGUACAUUCUCACUGUUGGCGAGACGCAUCAAUUCUACCAUCUCCUGUUAGUGUUAAUCAUUGUGUCUAUUUCGCUACAGAUAUUCCAAGCCCUUCUCAUCAUCGUUCUGGCAGUUGUUUUUGAUAUCAACAAAGUGGAAGAGCAGAAACGUACUGAUAUCGUUAAUAAUAUUCUUAUUGCGUUUACAGUAAUCAGUGUCGUAGUGAAUGUUAUUAUCAGUGCCUUUGACAUGAAGUCACAAACAGACAUUCUGAAACAAAGCUGAUCAUGCUUGAAAGACCAUCAUUAACUCAAUUGAUUAUAAUCAUAAAUAAAACAACGAACAAAAGUGCUAUUUACCUCUUGUAAAACACAGUACUCAAUGAUCCUUAGAUACAUACUAUAAAUGUUUUCAAAAAAGUUGAUUUCGGUAUGAUUUGUGCACACACAAAAAUUGCAAUAUUCCUGAUCGUGUUGAGUCCAUUCCACGGUUUAUUGUCAUUGCAUUGUGAUUAGGAAACCCAUGAUAUAAUUCAAUAUAUAAUGGCAGGAAUCAUAUACUUCCUAGAAUAAAACGGUGCUGUGGCGGAUCGGCACUCUAUGACGCGGCACAUAAUUAUAGGACCUGUAAAGCAUACCGUUCUUCACGCUCAGUAAGCCACAAUUGAUCGAGUUAAUUAUUACAUUACUAGCUUAUAUAUUUAUAAGAUAUUUAUAUUUUUAACCAUAUUUCACAAUUUCAUCACAUGGGUUUCAUAAGUGCGGAUUAACGAGCGUCCCAAGUGCCACAGAUUAAGCUUAAACGACUGGAAAAUCGAAUAUCCAUAGAAAA